AUGAACGGCGGCAACCCAUCUGCUCUUUCUGGCGACGACGCUGCAAUAUUCAAAUCUAUCCCGCAUACAUAUCAAGAAAAGUUUGUUGAAAUAUUCAAACCAAGCGGAAGUUUCCCGCAAAAAGCCGCCAGUUUCCCUAUUCUGAACUGCCUUGCAGCUAUGGUUGGAGAUGUGCUGAAACACCGAAAAUCCGCCGGCAGUUUCAACGGCAGUUUUGCGCCCAUUUGCUUCGAUCUGACGGACCAGGUUCGGGGCUCCAUCCCCUCUGCCUAUGACUGCAGCGUCGGCUACACGCUGGGGCUCAUGUGCGGCUGUCUCGUGACAUCUCCAGCUAUGAAGCAGCUGCCGAGCGCAGCGUUGAUGAUCAGCAACCCCAGCGCCGCCGUUGCUUCGUUCUCUCCUCUUGUAGUGCCUCUCUCCGCUGCAGCCAUUGCAUGCGGUCUGGGUGUAAAGGGCGCGGGAGCAGCAGAAAGCAGUAUUGGGACGGUCGUUGCUUCAGGUGCAUUUGACUUGCAGCUGCAUACACCCACGCAGGCUGCUGCUGCUGCUGCUCUCAGCAGCACAGUUCAGAAAGAAUUCCUACUGAAAGACACAUACUUGAACAGCGGGCCCCUUCAGUUCUGUGCUGCAGCAGGAGCAGCAGAUGCUGACAGAGUAUGCAACUUUCUGCUUAGCGCAAGAAAGUAG